AUGUCUCUCUACAGGCAGUUAAAUAAAUGCCUCAUCCCUUGUCACGAAGACGCAGAGUUCUUACCACUGAGUGAGAUCAGCGCAAGAGUAACUGAGGACAACAUCAAAUCGGAAGUCCCCAUUCGGAAGCGCUGCUUCUCAAAUCGCAGUCUACCACGCACAAUAUUAAAGCAGGCCAGAAAGAUAUUUUCAAUCCUGGUUCUUAUCCAAGAGGCACAAGCUAUCGUUGAUCUCGUGUGUCGCGAUAACAUCACCGAUGAAGAUCUUCCUCUUACUCGACAAUCCAUGAGCGGGGACGAUCAAAAUGUCCUGAUAUCCGCCAAGACUGGAAAAGCCUUCCCGUCAUUUUCUCUGUGGCCGAGGGAGGCGAGAGUGCGGGACUUUCUAAACUUCCAAUGGCUGAAUGAUCCGGAGCCAUAUGUUGCUCUCAAAGAGGUUAACAAUGACGAGGCGUUUGAGAAGGAAAAAACAAACCUAGAGCUCAUACAGUCUCUUAAGCACGAGCAUCUCAUCAAACUGAUCGCUACCUGUCAGAAGGGAUCUAUAUGCUAUUUUAUAUUUCCUUGGGCUGAUGGUGGAGAUCUUAGAGACUUUUGGAAGGCUAAUGACACAAUACCACGCUCCCAAGAAUUGGUGGUGUGGUCUCUCCGCCAAAUUCUGGGCAUCGUGAGUGCGAUCAAAGCUUUGCACGGCAAAAAUACUCGGCACGGAGAUAUAAAGCCUCAAAACAUUCUUCAUUUUCUCAAGGCGCAUGAUGAUGCUGCCAUGGAUAGUAGAAGAAGACUGAUCCUUGCAGAUGUUGGAGUUUCCAAGAUCCAUCGAGAGAUCACGAGCAUGAGACAAGAUCCCACAAAUUGCCAACAGUCCACAGUCACGUACGAAGCGCCUGAAGCCCAGUCAGACCAACGAGAGGGCAAGCCGAGAGGUCGUCGAUAUGACAUGUGGUCUCUAGGCUGCAUGUUUCUCGAAUUUACGGUCUGGCUCGUCUUUGACUACAGCACAGUCAGAAGUUUCAGAAAGUCCAGGCGUACUCGAGAUGAUCCCAAAGACGCCUUCGGAAGCUUUUUCGUCCAGACUUCAGACAACUUAAUCCAGAUCCACUCUGCAGUCAUCGAGGCGAUUGGCCAUUUACGGGGUCAUCCACUUUGCAGUGGCGAUACUGCUUUGGUAGAUCUCAUCCAGCUGAUUCAACACCACUUGUUGCAAGUUGACGUCCGGGCACGCACCGAAGCCCCGGAACUCUUGAAAAGGCUAGAGAGCAUCAUUCACAGAGCUGAACAGGAUGGCAAUUACGUAUAUCCAAGACUUUCCACAGUCCGUCCAAGGGAUCUUUCUCAGAUAAGACUUGUCGGCGGCCUCAGUGGUACCAAUACGGCUUUGACCACUGCUCAGUUUGUUCAACUCGAGAAAAACAGCAUCGCGAGUCGAGAUCUGACCCACCACGAGAAGACCUAG